GAUUUGUGUUAUCAAUUGAUGGGUAGAUUGUUGCUGGUUUUAUAGUUUUGUUUAGAAUAGAAUUCGUCACAUGUAAACGUGCUAGGGCAGUGACCAGACGCACUGAUUGAUCGUGUGAAAAUGCAUUUUGAAUGCUAGUAUAAAUAUAUUGUAUUCGAACCUUCACCCUGAAAUGCAAAGCGUUCCCGAGAGAUAUCCGUGAACAAAACGAUUAGUAACAUCGAAAUCGUCGAAAGAUUAGAAAAACACACGUGUGGUUUUCUUAGUAUACAGUUGGAAAAUAUUUACCUGCGUUCCAGUUACUGAUCGAUCGAUCGCUCGAAUUGAUUACCAAGUCAACUGUUCAGUUCAGUGUUAAUGUUAUCGCGAGCAUUUAGUCUCGAAAGAUCAGUUGAAGUUAGCAGCACUCGGACUUUAGUCAAAAAUUUUAAAGCGGUUUUUGCAUUAGGUAGGACAGAAGGUCGUAGCUAAUGCUAAAUAGUGAAAGUUGUGUUCAAACGAAAUAUACACAACGAAUAAGGCACGAGCGAAAAAAACAGCGAAGCUAAAAGUGUUAAAAUCUACUGACCGUGUGACAACCGGCUAUUCCGCCACCUCUACCUCAAAACCUCUUUUGAGUGAUUCGCAUCACCGUGUCAUAAUCCUCAUCAGUCACUCAUUAAUAAAAACCUCAACUAGUCCAAUUGACAUUACUUCUUACCGGAAGGCAGGGAAACACACACAAACGCUCGUCCACAUAGGAUGGUAGAAGGAGAAACCGAUUCCAACAAUUCAAAAUAUUUCGAUGUAAAAGACGACAGAGUAGCAAACGGCGUCGGUUCCAAAGAGCUCCCGCAACCCGUCGUGGUUCCUUUGGAAAAAUUAAGCAAGGCUGACCACAUCCACCAGACUGGCCUGCAAAUCGUUGCUUCGAAGAUACCGGGAAAGUCGUCGCUCGACCCUGAGCGAGGCUACUCCAGCAAAGCUGACUUCGAACAAGCGAUAGAGCUCACUGGUUAUGGCAGAUUUCACUACAUCCUAUUAGCAAUAUGCGGUCUCGUAAGCACCAGCGAGGAGAUGGACGUCAUCUCGAUGUCCUUCAUCCUACCCUCGGCUCAGUGCGAUCUCGAUUUGAAUACUCAGUCCAAAGGAUGGCUCAAUUCGAUUAUCUUCAUUGGCAUGAUGGUUGGAGCCUAUGUCUGGGGAAGCGUUGCCGAUUCGCUGGGUAGAAAAAAAGUGCUCAUCGUCAUAUCGAUCAUGAACGCGCUUUGCAUUGUGGCCUCCUCUUUCUCACAAUCAUACGAAAUGUUUAUGGUGUUUCGUUUUUUGAACGGGGCAGCAUUGGGAGGUAGUGGACCGGUAAUUUGGUCCUACUUUGCCGAGUUCCAGCCAAAGGCAAAAAGAGGCUCAAUGCUUAGCUUCAUGGCGGCUUUCUGGACUAUAGGGAACCUGUUGGUAGCCGGCAUGGCUUGGUUAAUCAUUCCAUCUUCUAUCGGUAUUCACACUCCAAACUUCACCUACAACUCGUGGCGAAUCUUCCUGAUGAUGUGCUCAAUUCCAUCAUUCAUUGUGGCUGCACUUCUUCUGUAUCUACCCGAAUCGCCCAAGUUCCUUAUUUCUCAGGGUAAAACCGAAAAAGCUUUAGCUAUUUUCCGUGGCAUAUACGCGACCAACACAAAAAAAUCGCCCGACCUGUAUCCCGUGAAAGAAAUUUUAAUUGACGAAAAACUUAAAAACGAACUGGAGGAAGUUAAAAAACCAAUUAAAAACAAGUACAAACGAAUGAUGUUCAACAUAAUGGAUAACAGCAAACAGCUAUUCGUAUCACCAAUCCUCAAAUUCACUACAAUCUCAAUCACAAUUAACUUCACCUUCCAUAUUGGUUACUAUGGGUUGAUGAUGUGGUUUCCGGAAUUAUUCAAUCGCUUCGAGGAGUUUAUGCGUGCACAUCCGGAUGUCGACAAAGCUACAGUAUGCGAAGUCACCGAUUACGUCGUUAAGCAAGGAUCACAUUCCGAAAUUGGUGUCUGUUCAGCUAACAUUCCCAGUACAGUAUUUUUGGAAUCACUCAUUACAGUAGCUGCCGCGCUGCCUGCCAACAUGUUUGCAGUACUUGGCAUGGACAGGCUAGGAAGAAAAUUUUUCCUUGUAUUUAGCACCAUGUCUGCUGGUCUAUGCUCAGCGUCGAUGUAUUUCGUCACCAGUAAACACCAGAACCUAGCCGUAUCAGCCAUUUUCAGUGGUGUCAUAUCGAUGGGUAACGCAUCACUUGAUUGUUUAAUAACGGAAGUCUUCCCAACCAAUUUGAGAGCUACGGGUGUGGCCAUCUCUAUGGUAGCAGCACGUCUCGGUGGUAUCAUCGGUAACGUUGUGAUCGCAACACUGCUGGAUAUGUACUGUCCGGCUCCAACAUUUAUCGUGGCAGCAUUGCUUGCAAGUGGCGGUCUAAUGUGUCUGUUCUUACCAAACACCACUAGAACGGCAUUGUCUUGAUAACCAUACCGUACACAUCAUUUCUUCCACCACACAUCAGUUCUUCCACAAACGCAAAUCUCAUUUUAUAAGCUUCAAAUAUUAUUCAGAACCUAAAAUAAUCGAAAUCUUGCUUUAUCUUUAUUCAUACUUAUCUAUGAUACAGUUAAAUCAUGGUUUAUCUAUUGAAAUGGAAUAACUCUUUCGUUCUAAUUUUUUUUCUAUUUUCAUCCAUUGUUUCACCGUUAAUCUCAGCUAAACAUAAAAACCUUGCAAUUGAUGAAUUUACACUAGAAUUAAGCCUUAAGCAGAACAAUUGUACAAGAAAAAUUUGCUGAGCAAAGCAAAUUUCAACUAUUAGAAAUUACAUAUGUAAAUGUAAUGAUUUGUACCACUAUUUAGAUGUUAACAUAGAGCAAUAUGAAACUUAACUUAAACACGUUGAGAAAGAUCAUUAGGGUUCAAUAAAACAGUAAAAUAGAA